CAAGCUCCACUCUUAGCCACAAACCCCAAAGUAUCUCGCUCUCUCAUAUCUUCCACCUUCAAACUCUCACCACAUUUAAAAGAGCAUGAGCUACAGCAAGACCCAUUACCAUUACCAGUUCUUGCCUACAGAUAAAGCAUAGCUCCACACACUCUCCUCCCACCAAUGCUCUUCCGACACCUGUUACGGGAUCCCCAUAAUAUCAUUCUCUCCCGUACCCUAAUUACAUGCACGUAACUAUUUGUCUCUCUCUCUCUAACAGGAUGAAGGCCGUGCCCCCUAUUCCACUGACCCCACCUUCUUCCAUCUCCAGAAAUGAAGGACCUCUCUCUAGGGUUUUCAAGGGCUGCCUUGGAACCCUAGACGCCAAUUGCAUAGAGAAGCUCCUCCUGCACUGUGGUGGUGCCCUAGAGAGAAACGACAUAACCCUAGCUCAACAAAUAAUGUGGGUUCUAAACAACGUUGCUUCUUCGGUAGGGGACCCUAAUCAAAGGCUCACAUCUUGGUUUUUGAGGGCGCUAAUUUCAAGGGCUUCAAGGGUUUGCCCUUCAGCUAUGAACAUGGAGGCCUCUCUUGGGGCUCACGUUGCCAGGGUUAGAUCCAUAUCUGUGACCCAACUAGCUGGCUAUGUGGAUUUGUUGCCAUGGCAGAGCUUUGGGUUUUGUGCCUCUAAUGGUGCAAUAUGUAAGGCUAUUGGGUCUUCACAAAGGGUUCAUAUAUUGGAUAUUAGCAUCAGUCAUUGUAUGCAAUGGCCUACACUCAUUGAUAGCCUCUCUAAGAGGCCGGAGGGUGCACCCCUUGUUCGCCUCACAGUGCCUUCUACAAGGCCUCAUGUUCCUCCUCUCCUAAGCAUGUCUUAUGAGGAGGUGGGUCAUAGGCUGUCGAAUUUCGCCAAGUCUAGAGAUGUCCCAUUUGACUUCAGGAUGAUUCCCUUUGAGGAUUUGCCCAAUUUGAGGGAUGGUGUUAAAUUUCACCAUGAAUUGCUUAUGGAGCAGCUCAAUCCAUCGGUGCUUGAUCUGAGGGAUGAUGAAGCUUUAGUGGUGAAUUGCCAGAAUUCUGUGCAUUAUCUUCCCGAUGAGGCUUUAGGGAUAGAUCCUUGUUAUAGAGACGAGUUCUUGGAGAGAAUCAGAGGGUUCCAUCCGACUAUAGUUACGGUGGUCGACGAGGAUUACGACCUUGGUCAUGCUAGCCUUUCCUCAAGGAUUUCCUCUUGUUUCAACUACUUGUGGAUCCCCUUUGAUGCUUUGGAGACAUUCUUGCCCAAGGAUAGUUGCCAGAGGCUAGAGUAUGAGGCAGACAUUGGUUUCAAGAUUGAGAACAUCAUUGCCUUCGAAGGGCUGCAAAGGACUGAGAGGCUGGAGUCAGGAACAAGGUUGGUGCAAAGAAUGAAAAAGGCCCAAUUCUAUAGUGUCCCAUUCAUGGAAGACACUGCUAAGGAGGUGAAGCGCUUGUUGGAUGAGCAUGCCAGUGGAUGGGGGAUGAAGAGAGAUGAUGAUAUGUUGGUGCUCACAUGGAAAGGCCACAAUGCAGUGUUUGCAACAGCUUGGGCUCCCCAGCCCUUUCAAUAAGAAAGAGGAAGAUAUAGCUUCUUGUUGGGGUAUCCAGGAAAGAAAAUUGAAAGCUUAAGCCCCAUUUCUUUAACUCUUUCUCUUAACAAUAGUGGCUUCUAAACAGCCAAAAUAAUGGUUGAUGAUGAGUAUGGUUUCUAGAAAAAAGUUCAUGUCUCUCAUGCUAAAGGCAAAGCUUUGUUGGCAUUGAAUUCAUGAAACGUUAUAGGAAGGGUCUUUGUAUAGGAAACCCACUUCUGGUGUUGAUAGUUCAUGUACAUAAUCUUAAAAACUAAAAUUUUAACAUAAGUUUUAGGAUACUUCGAGAUGGAUAAGAAUGUUUAGGAUGGAAUUUUGUUAAUAACAAUCAUUGUGGUGCUAUUUUCCAUCUCUCAUCAUGAUUUUCCUGAUCUAUUUCAAGUAAAACAAUUCCAAGACUAGCAACUCCAAGGGUGACCUCACUGGGUCGAUGUAACAGCAUGUAACUUGGCUGAAAUACUGCUCCCUCUUAGCUGGCCUGGCUCACCAAGCCAUAUGCUCUUUUCGAUGAAACAUG